GUUAUUUAUUUUUAAUCCCCUACCAGCUGAGCUUUUAGACGUCUCCCGACGCGUAGCUAACCCCCACCUCUUGAGCGGCACAGCAGCAUGGCGGAAAUCAUGGACUUUUAAUACUGUAGUUUCGUUCUAUGUCAGGAAUUUGUUUUUAAUACCUUUGGUGCUGAUAUCUUUCUCAUAGGAAAAGUCCCCUUAGAAGGUACUCAUAUACUAUCUAGAAAGGAAUUUAUAAUUAAUCUAAAAAACAAUUCAGCAUUUUAGAUAUAAUAUAUAAUCCAGAAUUCAUUCCCAUGUCGACUCCGGCAGAAUUACCGGCAGAGAUGCCAGCGGAGUUACCAGGAGCAAUGCCGGCAGAGUUGCCAGCAUCGGUGCCAGCAACAAUACCGACAGCUAAAUCCCCUUUCAACUUCCCUUCCGAUAGCGAACAACUAUCAUCAUACACACUUUCGCCAACCUCCACCAUCACCAACGAUCAUCGUCCCAUCGCAAUCCCCCAACUCAACCCAACCGCCACCUCUCCUUUUCUAGAAGCCUUCGCGCCCUUAGUUCUCCGCCACGGAAUCCCGCGAGACGCCUGGCUCGGCUUCCUCCGCACGCUAACCGGGUUCCUGACGGCAACCGUGUCCCAGAAGGCCAUCAGCCACGCCGGGGACAUGGCGCAGCACGUGGGCGACGUUCCCCGGCGCUUCGGCAAGGAGACGAUGGAGCACAUCAAGCACUCGGGCCGCGACAUCAAGGAGUCCGCCAAGUCCGGCAACGUCGUGGGGGCGGCGGUCCGCGUCGUGGGCGCCACCAUCGGCAUCCCGGUGGCCACCGCGCUACGCGCCGCCGGCGCCGCCGUCUCCCUGCCGUUCGCGGCCCUCGACGCCGUCGGCAGGGAGCCGAAGACGCCCAAGGAGCGCGCCCGCGCGUACGCCGCCGCCGCCAACGUCAAGUGGCUGCACCGCCGCGGGCUGCACUCCCUGCUGCUGGACACGGCGGAGCUCGCCCGCGACGUCCUCGGCGGCCUGUCCGCCGACGAGGUGCUGCGGACGGCGCGGCGGGCGCGCGACUCCAGCGCGCCCGCCCAGCUCGCGGCUCUGGCGGCGCGGUAUAUCGCGGACCUCGAGAUACGGACGCCUUUGACGCUGGAGUUGGGCGCUGGGACGUUGUGGUUAGUAGUUACGGAGAAGAGAAAUGAUCAUGAUGAUGAUGAUCACGAGGAGGAGUAUCCGAAGGGAAAGGAGAAAGGGAAGGAGAGGGAAAGGCACAGGGGGUAUAGAAAGUAGGUGCUGAUAUAAAUACGUCUUGCUGCUACUCCUGGUGGUAUUGGACGGAUAUCUAUUUGGAAACGAGCCUGUCACGGAAAAGAAGAUUUCGGAGAAUAGUUACGAUUGGAGUAGAAAUAUAUACCCCGGGUUUAUGCUCCCUUAUCGGUUACAUACCUACCUAACGUAUUGCUAACAUGUUUAUAGCGCUUUAUUGACUCGUAUUCACAUUG